AUGCACUUUGCUGUGCCGAUCGAUCCGCAUCUACGCACUCCUUGGAGUGCUGAAAGUGCUGGAGCAGCAGCUGCUGGAACAGCACCAACACGAGCUUACGCCAUACCCGCAGUUGGAUCGAAUUCGGCAAUCGUGGUCCUGUCAGGAACGCCGCCGCAGGUUCCUGUUUCUAUGUACGACCAUCCCUUUGUGAGUCUGCCACAGCGAUUAGUGAGCCCGACUCCGGCGUCGUGUCGGGUUGACUUGAGGCGCGCCGUGACGGCUUAUCCCGGCAGACGGGACGUUGUUACACUUCUUCAGAUGGCGUAUGAUCUGCUGUCGCGUCGUGCUCUGUGUUUGGAUGAACUGAAGGAAUUGGCGCUUGUAGCAGGGGCUUUGGUAGAGCACGGGAUGAACCAUCAGUCUGUGGACCUGACGCAUCACCAGGCCAGCCGCGCACUUGAAAGAUUGGGGUUGCGUUUUCUUUUGAUGGAUGCUGUGGUUUCCACAUUUAUAGUUCUCGGGCAGGACCCGGAACCUGGAGACUGGAAGCUGUUCACAGAUACCAUUAGUCACGCCGCUCCCACGGGAUAUUUCGGCGAAAGCCGAGUGACUGCCGCCUACACUCUUGCUCGGGAACUCAGCGCGGCAAUAAAAACACUUAAAGGGGGAAAACGACCUGCACCCGCAGACCUCUUCCAUCUGAAACGCAUGCUCUUCUGCUCUCCGUCUUCUCCUGCGCGUUUUAGAAGGCCGGAUUUCGAUCGCUGGAGGCAGGGCUCUCGCACCGAUGCGCAGUAG